UAACAGAGCUAGCUUCAGUGUGUCCCGACUGCCGAGGCUGGCAGGCAAGAGGCGACAGGGAAAGGACCGGACUUACGGACCUUUUUGGAGGAAAAAAACAAGACAACAACACCAACUCGGACAGAAACGAAAGGAUUAUAACAUUUGUAUUCGCAGUUUGGGGUUUUCCAAACGGAUCAAAGCAUCGCUAACGUUUCAAUGUGAGCUGGAAGUUUGUGAUGAUGUGGUGACGCGACGGGAAGCUAACGUUAUCUCAGCGGCUAACUUGAUAGCUGCUUGAUAGAUUAAUCACUUUUAGCAGAGCUUUUAAAACCUAUUUUAAAAUUAAUAUUUUCGAUAAUGUAAGAUAAUUAGCUAUGCGAUGUUUUACCAUGUUGUCUACUUUUAUAUGGAAUAGAAAGUAUCUUUAGAAGUUAGUACAUUUUAUCUAGCAACCGUUAGCUAUCUAGCUGGCUAGUAGCUAACGUCUGCUAGCUGUCGACUUUUAAACUGCCAAAGAAUUCUGUUUCAAACUAGCUAAAGCUAGCCGGGCUACAACUGUUUCCACGUAACCUUACCCUACCGUCACGUGUAUUUCUGUUGUGAUAUCUCAUUGCCAGCUGGUUAAACGCAAUUCUCGUUUGUUUUGAAAAGCAAAAAUAAGACUUUACUUCCAAAUCUAGAUAUGCAAUCAUCGAAGCUUACUUAAUGCUAGCUCGCUAACGUUUGGUUAGCCGGCCAAACUUGGAAAACUGCCCCUCUGCUCACUUGAUGCCGGUUUCUCUUUGAGGCCUUUAGGAAAUUAUCCCCUCUUUUUUUUCACCCAGAAGACUCUUUUGACAGCCUUAACACAUCCCAGCCUGUGAAUGGAUUUUAAUGUCUAAAGGAUAUUUGUGAAGGUUGUGAUAAUUGGAGUACCUGGACUUUGUUGACGUUUAAUUGGCAUCAUAAAGUAACGUGGAUUACGGAGGCUGUUGGAAUAACUACAUUCUUUAAAGAUGAUGUGCGAGGUGAUGCCCACCAUCAGCGAGUCAGAGGGUGGAGGCGGCCGCCGGGGCUCGGGCUCCCCGCUGCAGUCGGACUCUGAAGGUCACUUUGAGUCGCUGAUGGUGUCGAUGCUAGAGGAGAGGGAUCGUCUUCUGGACACUCUGAGAGAGACGCAGGAGAAUCUGGGCCUGACUCAGGGCAAACUGCACGAAGUCAGCCACGAAAGAGACUCCCUGCAGAGACAACUCAACACCGCUCUGCCACAGGAGUUUGCUGCACUAACAAAAGAGGUGAAUGUGUGCCGGGAGCACCUUCUGGAGAAGGAGGAGGAGAUUGCGGAGCUGAAGGCGGAGAGAAACAACACACGGCUGCUACUGGAGCACCUGGAGUGCCUGGUGUCUCGGCACGAGCGCAGCCUGAGGAUGACGGUGGUGAAGAGGCAGGCUCAGUCUCCUGCUGGCGUCUCCAGUGAGGUGGAAGUCCUCAAAGCCCUCAAGUCACUUUUUGAACACCACAAAGCCCUCGAUGAGAAGGUGAGGGAGCGACUACGUGUUGCUCUGGAAAGAUGCAGCGCAUUGGAGGAGCAGCUCACCAUGUCCCACAAAGAAUUGGCGUACCUCAGGGAGCAGAGCAGCCAGAAGAGAGGGCUGGCAGACGGGACCAGCGAGGUCAACCACAACUCUGAGAACACACCGAGCACCAACGGCAAGCGGUCGUCGGACGGCUCCCUGAGUCAGGAGGAGGAGUCGGGUCACGGGUUCGUGAAGGUCGGGGAGCUGCAGGACGUGGUCGACCGUCAGACGGCUGAUCUGGGCCAGAUGAAAGAGCGCAUGGUUGCCAUGGUUUCACGCAUCAACGAGCUGGAGGAGGACCUGGACACGGCCCGAAAGGACCUCAUCAAGUCCGAAGACGGGAACACGCGGCUGCAGAGAGACCUGAGAGAGUCCAUGGCUCAGAAGGAUGACAUGGAGGAGCGGAUCACCACCCUGGAGAAGCGCUACCUGGCGGCUCAGCGGGAGGCCACCUCCGUCCACGACCUCAACGACAAGCUGGAGAACGAAGUGGCCAACAAGGACUCGCUCUUCAGACAGACGGAGGACAGGAACCGGCAGCUGCAGGAGAAGCUGGAGCUGGCCGAGCAAAAGCUGCAGCAGACGCUCCGCAAAGCCGAGACUCUGCCGGAGGUGGAGGCCGAGCUGGCUCAGAGGGUGGCUGCCCUCACCAAGGCAGAGGAACGCCACGGCAACGUGGAGGAGAGACUGAGGCAGCACGAGGCCCAGCUGGAGGAGAAGAACCAGGAGCUGCUCAGGGCACGGCAGCGAGAGAAGAUGAACGAGGAGCACAACAAGCGUCUGUCUGAGACGGUGGAUAAGCUCCUGUCCGAGUCCAACGAGAGGCUGCAGCUGCACCUCAAAGAGAGGAUGUCUGCGCUGGAGGACAAGAACGCCCUGAUCAGAGAACUGGAGCACACCAAGAAGCUGAUCGAGGAGUCUCACCACGACAAGGAGCAGCUUCUGAUCCAGAUUGAGACGAUGAGGGCGGAGAGCGAGCAGGGGAGGAGCCGGAGCAACUCCUUACUGCACGGACGCUCCCAGCAGGGCAGCACUCCAGACUUCAGGUACCCGGUGUCGGCCUCCUCCAUGAUGGACAGUAACUCGGAUCACUACGGCAGCGCUCUGGUGCUGAGGCGGCCGCAGAAGGGACGCAUGGCAGCGAUGCGGGACGAGCCGUCAAAGGUGCAGACGCUGAAUGAGCAGGAGUGGGAGCGCAUGCAGCAGGCCAACGUCCUAGCGAAUGUGGCGCAGGCGUUCGAGAGCGACAUGGACGCCUCGGACCUAGAGGAGGACCGGGAGACCAUGUUCAGCUCCGUGGACAUGCUGUCCCCCGGGGGCCAGGCCGACGCUCAGACCCUCGCCCUCAUGCUGCAGGAACAGCUGGACGCCAUCAACAACGAGAUCAGGAUGAUCCAGGAGGAGAAGGAGAACACGGCGAUCCGGGCCGAGGAGAUCGAGUGCCGGGUCGGCAGCGGGGAGAGUCUGGGAGGACGUUUCCGCUCCAUGAGCUCCCUCCCCCCCUCUCUGUGUGCCGGCUCCUCGCUGGGCGGUUCCCCCCCAGGCUCCGGCAGCUCCACCCCCCGCCGUGUCCCCCAGCCCAACAGAGAGCUGGACCGCAUGGGGGUCAUGACCUUGCCUAGUGACCUGCGCAAGCACCGCAGGAAGUCUGCUCAGGACGAUAAAGCCACGAUCCGCUGUGAGACGUCUCCCCCCACCACGCCGCGCUCAAUGCGCCUGAACAGAGACGCCGGACACGCCGCCAGCCACGAGGACAUCAGAGACAUCCGGGGCCUGUCCGGCCUGCAGGACGGUCAGGGCAGUAACCCCAGCAGCAGCAACAGCAGCCAGGACUCCCUGAACAAAGCGGCCAAGAAGAAGAGCAUCAAGUCCUCCAUCGGACGCCUCUUCGGGAAGAAGGAGAAGGGCCGACCCAGCAUUCCCGGCAAGGACUCCCCCAGCCAAGCCGGCACACCCGAGGCGGAGGGCUCUCCUAAAGACGGUUUAGGGAUGGGCACCCUUGGGGGCCCGGCAGAGAAGAACAGGAAGCUGCAGAAGAAACAUGAGCUGCUGGAGGAGGCUCGCAUGCAGGGCCUGCCCUUCGCUCAGUGGGACGGACCCACUGUGGUGGUGUGGCUGGAGCUGUGGGUGGGCAUGCCGGCCUGGUACGUGGCGGCGUGUCGAGCCAACGUGAAGAGCGGCGCCAUCAUGUCGGCGCUGUCGGACACAGAGAUCCAGAGAGAGAUCGGGAUCAGCAACCCGCUGCACCGCCUGAAGCUGCGCCUCGCCAUCCAGGAGAUCAUGUCCCUCACCAGCCCCUCCGCGCCCCCCACCUCCAGAACGACCACAGGAAACGUUUGGGUCACUCAUGAAGAGAUGGAAAGUUUGGCAGCCACGCCUCCCACGGACGAUGACGAGGGCAGCUGGGCCCAGACGCUGGCGUACGGAGACAUGAACCACGAGUGGAUCGGGAACGAGUGGCUGCCCAGCCUGGGUUUACCUCAGUACCGCUCGUACUUCAUGGAGUCUCUGGUGGAUGCCCGUAUGCUGGACCACCUCACCAAGAAGGACCUGAGGGGGCAGCUCAAGAUGGUCGACAGCUUCCACAGGAACAGUUUCCAGUGUGGGGUGAUGUGUCUGAGGAGGCUGAACUACGACAGGAAGGACCUGGAGAGGAGGAGGGAGCACUCUCAGAUGGACCUGCAAGAGGUGAUGGUGUGGAGUAACGAGCGUGUGAUCAGCUGGGUUCAGGCCAUCGGGUUGAAGGAGUACAGCGGGAAUCUGUAUGAGAGCGGCGUCCAUGGGGCGCUGCUCGCUCUGGACGAGACCUUCGACCACAACGCCCUCGCCCUGCUGCUGCAGGUCCCCACCCAGAACAUACAGGCCAGAGCGACUCUGGAGCGUGAAUACAUCAGCCUGCUGUCCAUCGGCACAGAGAGGAGAGUGGACGAGGACGACGAUAAGAACUUCCGGCGAGCUCCGUCAUGGAGGAAGAAGUUCCGACCCAAAGACGUGAGGGGAAUGUCGCUGGGGGCGUCCGACACGCUGCCCGCUAACUUCAGAGUGGCCGGCAGCAACACAGCGUCUCCCUCCAUGCAGCCAAAGAGGAGCCAGAUGGAAGGUAACCGCUGGUCCGAGGAUGAAGGGGAGUUCCCCGCAUACAAGACCCGGAUGAUGAACUGAAAUGGACACUAAAAAUGUUUUUCGUCACAGAGACUUACUCACCGAUCUCAGUAUCCCUAGAGGAGACGUUUUAGACAUUUGUUAUUCUAUAUUUAUGUAAACCAAUGGGACAUUUAAUUGAUUUUAGAAUUACUAUGUAAUCCUUUCUUUUUCCCUCUUUAAUCAACCCACUUUUUAAACAAUUGUACCCACUGUGCCCGUAUUAAGCUCAGAUGUAACUGAAUGUGUCUGGAGUUUGUAUAUUUCUACCAACAGACGUUUUAUCUAAUCUUUUUAUAAUCCUGAUCCUAUUGACCAGAUGUAUGUUUUUUUUUUCCUCAUUGAUUUCUAAUCAAUUUAUGCUUAAGUGACUUUGAUAUAUGAUAAUUCAUAUCCGCUUUUUUUUUUUUUAGCUGUUGUCAUUUUUGUAGCUUAUCUCCUGUGUAAAAGCAGCUCUUUAGGAUGUGUGGAUAUCCGAAUAAUGGCUGGAGUUUCACACACUUUGCUCGACACUGUGAGUCGCCCUUCGCCGUUUGAAUAACUGCUGGCAAGCCGAGGCGACGGCGGCGACACAUAUCAUGUGAAACACAGAGUAUAUUUUCCUUUAUUUUCCAUAUCUGCAAAACCAAAAUGAAACUCUUGAAUUUUAAAAGCCAUAUAACCGUAGCGUUAAAAAAAACAAAAACAAGAGGGCUUCUAUCGGAUGCAACAGAAUUCCAGGUUUUCUAUAGUCGACUUUGCAUGCAGAAACUACUCCACUUUACCCCACCCAGCGCGCCCCUUUAAUAAACCCCCCCCACACCUCUGGAGGAACACACCAAUGCAGAAGGACUUGGGUGGAAACUCUUUCGAUGGACCAACUUCACUGAAGCCUCAGUCAAACCUUUUUUUUUUUUUAACACUUUGUACGAAGAUUUCAUAUCAAGCCUUAUUGUUUCUAAACUCCUCUUUCUGUCGUCUGUUCUUAUUUAUUAUUACUCGCCCACAUCGUGUUUCCUCAGUUUGAAUGUCUCUCAACACAGGUUCCAACAUUUGCUUGUUUUAUUCGAGGCGAAUGAGAGGAGCUGACGUUUUCUUACAUGUAGUCAAAGCUUAAAGUAGUUUGUGAUUUUAGUCGUUCAUUCAUGCACAAUGCAAAUCAUGUUGCUGUUGUUUUGUUCCCGCUCUCCUCCCGUUGAAUCUUCUGAUCUUGUAACAAUGAUGUACAGUCUGAGUACUUAUAAACUAUUUUUAUCACAAUAUUAUUUAUUGCUUACUUUCAAUAAAAUACUGAAACUCA